ACAUAUUCACUUGUAUUCCUAAAAUGAGUCUCUCAAAGCUCUUGUUCUUUACUUUGGCUGUAUGCCUCACUGCUUGCUCGCAUGCAGCAAGGUUUGACAUAAAAAACCAAUGCCAGUACACUGUGUGGGCCGCGGCUGUGCCUGGCGGUGGCAGGCAAUUAAACUCGGGCGAGUCGUGGGCCAUUGACGUGGCGGCAGGAACGAAGGGGGCCCGCAUCUGGGCCCGAACGGGAUGCAGCUUCGACGGUUCGGGCCGCGGUCAUUGCCAGACCGGUGACUGCGGGGGCCUGCUCCAGUGCCAAGCGUACGGUGCAGCUCCGAACACGCUGGCGGAAUUCGGGCUGAACGGGUUCAACAAUUUGGACUUCUUCGACAUCUCCUUAGUGGACGGUUUCAACGUUCCGAUGGACUUCAGCCCAACCUCGAACGGGUGCACAAAAGGCAUCAGAUGCAGUGCUGACAUUAAUGGAAAGUGUCCGAACGAGCUCAAGGCUCCAGGGGGUUGCAACAACCCAUGUACUGUCUACAAAACCGACAAUUACUGUUGCAAUUCCGGUAACUGUGGGCCCACUCCUUUGUCGAAAUUCUUUAAGGAUAGGUGCCCCCAAGCUUAUAGUUACCCUAAGGACGAUGCUACAAGCACCUUCACUUGCCCCGGUGGUACCAACUAUAGGGUUCUCUUUUGCCCUUGAACACUUUAACUAUCCAACCACUACAUGCAUGCACUAUAAAUAUAAGUCUUCUGCACUUUGCGUGCUCCUCUACUAUUAUAAAUAAAUUUUGAAAAACAUAAUAACUUUAAAAUAAUUUAUGGGUAUCCAUAUUAUAUUAAACUUCAGUGCCCCCAUUUUAAUUA